GAAGCCAAGCCAAGCCAAGCCAAACAUGUACUGAAUUCAAUAAAACUAUACGUUAUUAUAAUUAUAAUUAUAUUUAUAUUUAUAGUGUGUAUAUAAGUAUAAAUUGUCUUGUAGCCCUUGUCUCCAGCAUCCAGACUUGAAUAUCGUGGAUGAUUCAUGAAUGAGCUCUCUUCUCUCUCAUAAAAAAUGGUAGCUUCCAGUUCCGGAGCAGGAUCACCGCAACCUCAACUCAAAAGUGUGCCUGUGUUGUAUUAUCUGUCGAGGAAUGGACAGCUCGACCACCCCCACUUCAUGGAGGUUCCCCUCUCCUCUCCCCGCGGCCUCUUCCUCAAAGAUGUGAUCAACCGCUUGAAUGCACUUCGCGGCAAAGGAAUGGCCUUCAUGUAUUCCUGGUCUUCCAAAAGGAGCUACAAAAAUGGUUUUGUAUGGCACGAUUUGUCGGAGGAUGAUCUCAUCAUUCCGGCGCACGGCCACGACUACAUUCUCAAAGGUUCCGCAUUUCUCCACAACCCAACAUCCGCUCAAGACUACACUCGCCGCCGCAACCAAUCCUACAGCUCCAUCGACUUCGACUCCAAAUCAACACAGACAGAGGACAACCGCCGCGGCUCUCAGCCGGACAGGCUCACCGACUCCAAGGAACUCGAGAUCGAGAUCUCCCCACUGGGCACGUUGUUGAAAGCCGACGGACGGGUUAGGCUUCUGCCCGAGGCGGCGGGACAUCGCCAUCAGCACAUCCAUCGGGGCCGAUCGUCGAUGGUGCUGAUGCAGUUGAUCACCUGCGGUUCGAUGCCGUUCAGGGACUGUGGGACCGGGAGCGACCACGGGAAGGUGAGGGCGCCACGUGGCAAACUGGAGGAGAGGGAGUAUUUCAGUGGCAGCAUAGUCGAGACAAACAAACGGGAAUUUCCUGCUCUCAAACGCUCUACUUCUUAUAAUGCAGACCGGUCCCUAAAUUUGGAAGUUGCAGAGAAAGAGAAGGAAAAGCUGAAAGCGAAAUGCAGACAUAUUAAAACAAAGGCACACUCAUCCACCAAAAAAGAAGGCAGUGUUAGUACUACUGAUGGUUAUGCCUAACAAUAAGGUUUUGGAUCAUUCACUAAUCUUGAUCCCAGCUUCUUCCUCGUUCGUUCAUGCUAUGUUGCUUAAAUCCUGACUUUACACUCAUUGAGCCAUGCUAAAAUGCACUGUGAGUUAAUGAAGACAACCACACACUCACACUUUAGGGCCGGAUCAGGCUACCCGGGACCAGGCGGGGGGUGACCAUGGUGGAGGCUGGAGGGUAUUGCCUAUUGGAUUCAAACAUAAAAUUUUCAUGUUCACCUCAUUCGUUUGCAUUCAGGUUAUGUUUGGUUGGCGGGAAAGUAAACUUGGCAAGGAAUAUGAUUCUUAGGAAAAUGAAUCUAUAGAAUAUGAUUCCUAAUAAGUUUACUUUUCUGUGUUUGGAGAAUACCAAGAUUUUAAAUUUUGUACUGCAUUUAAACACCAAACUAAAGAUAGAC